CGCACGCCAACCUCGUGACCCGGACCAUGCGCGUCAACACGUCUCUGAGCGAAGACAUCCCGAACGAGGAGUCGCCGCUGAUCCCGGCGAGCCGCCCGCAGCAGCUGGCGGCCACCAACUACAACUCGGACUCGGCCGUGCACUAUGGCAACAGCAGCGCCAUGUCGCCGUCGACGCGCCGCCACGUCUACUACGGCGCGGGCCACUACAACGCGACCAACAACAGCUCGAGCGACGAGGAGGGCGACCAGGACAUGUUUGCGAUAACGAUACCGCAGAAAUACCCGCCGGCGCCGGUCGUGCUGCCGCACGCCAAGCCGCGCACGGGCUUCAACAACUUUCUCAAGCCCAACCCUGUACAGCACACCCGCUACCUCUCGCAGUUCAAUGACCUGUCGCCCCAACAGGUCAUUGAGGCGUCGCGGAAUGCCAAUCGGUACACGCGGCGCUCGCGCAUGCGCAACAUGAAGAAGUUUCGCCAAGACUUGAGCGUGCCCAAGAUGCGCGUGUCAGCGUACUGCACGUGUGACUCGCUCCAGCUCUUCAAGCUCCUCAAGUGGCUCGAGCGCAUCGAGACGGGCCAGCUCCCGGGCGGCGAGCUCAGCCCCAACGGCUGGACCCACAAGAUGUACAUGGGCGCCAUCCACUCGUCGUGCGCGACCGAAGAUCGCGAAGACGACAUGGUCACGGAGGAGAACCUGAGCAUCGAGCGGAAAGACGUCUUCUACUUUGCGACGGGCUGCACGGUCUUUUGGGGCCUCACGCGCGCCGAGGAGCAAGCGCACAUCCAAGCCAUCCGCGCCUUCUCCAAGGGCUACGUCAAGCAGGUUGAGGUCGAGGACAUGGACUUUAGCUACGGCGAAGCGACGAGCGUCAUCAACGACUCGAUCACGCUGAGCAGCUUCCGCGCGUCAGAGAAGAUUGCGAUCUCGUUUGCGAUGGCGCAGUCGUCCAAGCUCGACGUCUUUGAGCAGCGCGUGGACGAGACGAUCCAGGAGACGCGCCACAUUCCGCAGACGCUGGCCGAGACGGGUGAGAUCAAGAAGUACUCGCAAAAGGACAUUUCGCAGCUCAUUGGGCGUCUCUUCAUCGAGCGGAGCGACAUCAACCUGAAUUCCGACAUGCUCGACGACCCGGAUUUCUUUUGGGACGACGACGAGUACCAGCCGCUCUACAAGAAGAUGAUGAAGUACCUCGACGUCGACAGCCGCGUGCACAUUCUCAACACGCGCCUCGACAUUCUGCGCGAAUUGCUCGACGUGCUGAGCCAGCAGCUCGCGCGGCAGCACGACACGAAGCUCGAGUGGAUUGUGAUCUGGCUCAUUGUCGCCGAAGUCGUCGUCGACGUCUUUUGGCAAAUCCUCAUCAAGGACAUUCUCGGCUUUUUCCAGCACCGUGGCGACUAGCCUUUCGACUAGGACGAUCGACUAGGACGAUCGACUAAGACGAUGAUGCAAUAGGAAUACGAUGUGUGCCCU